AUGUCCAAAAAACCGACCCAUGGCGACUACACGGUUGGGUGGAUCUGUCCGCUGGAGGUAGAACAAAUCGCGGCGUUGGAGAUGCUGGACGAGGAACACGAGCGUCUACCGCAGCCUUCGACAGACCACAACGUCUACAACCUCGGCAGCAUUGCUGGGCAUAACGUCGUGAUUGCAGGCCUCUAUCAACCAGGAAAUAGUCCGGCGGCUACGGUUGUCACUCAGAUGCGAACCACGUUUCUAAACCUCAGGUUCGGCAUGUUGGUUGGUAUCGGCGGUGGCGUCCCGGUAAAGACUGAUCAUGGAUCAAUACGGCUAGGCGAUGUCGUGGUCAGUAAGCCAGUAGGUAGCAAUUCUGGAACCUUACAAUAUGACCACGGCAAGGCCAAGGCCGGCCUGUUCGAACGCACAGGAGCCCUGGCCCCGCCGCCUGCCGUGCUUCUCAACGCAGCGCAAGAUCUUCAGGCAAAGAGAGCUAGGUCGCGACAUGAUCCUCUCGAGAAGAAUCUCAAAAGAAUUGACACAAGUGUUCCCGGACUCCAAAGAUACAAGCACCCAGGUGCAGCACACGAUUGCUUGUACGCUUCCGACUAUAUACACAAAAAGCCUGGAGAGUCUUGUGCCGAUUGUGGAUGUGAUCCGUCGCGAAGAAUCCAAGAAACGGUCGACGACGGCGAUGAUGGUGACGCACCAUUCAUAGUUGUCCACAGAGGAACAAUUGCCUCGGGGGAGCUGGUGAUCAAGGAUGCUAUGUUGAGGGACACGUUGGCAAAUGAACAUGGUGUGCUUUGCUUUGAAACGGAGGCAGCUGGGUCUCUCGCUGACUUCCCUUGCAUUGUCAUUCGCGGAAUCUCGGACUAUUGUGACUCCCAUAAGAAUGACCUAUGGCACGGAUAUGCAGCAGUGGCAGCAGCGGCGUACGCAAGGCAGCUGUUUUUCCAUAUACCAAUCAAAGAAACGAAGCGCUAUAUCUCUGAAACCGCAGAAACGGACAUUCGCUACUUGAAGAAGCAGCAAGACACCAAAGCCCGUCAAAGAAUCCUCGAUUGGCUCACACCAGUGGACUAUGGAGCACAACAGAGCGAUUACAUGAGGAUGCGAGCACCGGCAAGUGGGAAAUGGCUCUUGGAAUCUGCAGAGUACCAGGCAUGGCUGAAGGCCGAUAAGCAGACACUGAUAUGCCCGGGUAUUCCAGGAGCUGGGAAGACAAUUCUUACAGCUGUCGUGGUUGAUGAUCUGACUGAAAGAGUCAACAGCGACCCGGCCAUUGGCAUGGCGUACAUCUACUGUAACUUCCGACAGCAAGCCAUGCAGAGCAUUGACGACCUGAUGACGAGUCUAGUGAAACAACUGACUCAGUGCCAGGCUUUGUUACCAAAAAGUGUGGAAUACCUUUAUGAGAAACACCAAAAGAAACGAACACGACCUUCCCUCGAUGAGAUUUUGGAUCUUCUCCAAAAUGUGGUGAAAAUGUAUACAAGGCUCUUUAUUGUUGUUGACGCACUCGAUGAGUGCCGUGUCUCCGAUGAUACUCGAGCAAGGCUUCUAUCAGAACUCUUCAGUCUUCAAACGUUGCACGGAGUGAACAUAUUUGCCACUUCAAGGAACAUUCCACAGAUCAUUGAUCAAUUUUAUGGUAGUAUCUCAGUAGAGAUCCGUGCCCAUGAUGAAGAUGUGCUCCAAUAUCUAAAUGGCCGUAUUGCACAGUCCGAAUCAAAGGUCCUGAGAACCUGCAGUGAAGAAAUUAAAAGUGGCAUUACAAAUGUGAUCGAUGGCAUGUUCCUCCUGGCACAAUUGCACUUUGACUCGAUCAAAACAAAAGUAACGGCCAAAAAAGUCAAAGAGGCUUUGAGAAAUCUUCCACGGGGUUCUCAUGCAUAUAGUGACGUAUAUAAGAACGCCAUGGAGCGGAUCAAAACACAAGAUACAGAUUCUUGGGAGCUUGCAAAAAACAUUUUAUCGUGGAUCAUCCAUGCUAAAAGGCCCCUAAAAAUAGGUGAGCUACAGCAUGCACUUGCAGUAGAAGAUGGCGAGCCCGAGCUUGACGCAGAGAAUAUCCCGCAUGUUGAAGAUAUGAUCUCUGUGUGUGCAGGACUGGUCAUAGUCGACGAAGAGAGCGAAAUUGUCCGUUUGGUCCAUUAUACUACACAGGAAUACUUCGAGCGGGCUUGGACUCUCUGGUUCCCAAGCGCCCAAAUAGACAUAACAAGGACGUGCAUCACCUAUCUGUCACUGAAAACUUUCGAGGCUGGGCUCUGUUCGUCGACCGAAGAUUUUCAAUUGUCAAACAUAUUUUAUGACUAUGUAGCGCGACAUUGGGGCCAUCAUGCUUACGUGGCUUCUAUAGGAGUAGAAGACAUGAUCUUCAAAUUUCUCCAGAAUGAUGCCCAGGUCUCCAGUGCCGUUCAGGCGAUGUUGUUCAAUGAAGGUAGUCCAAAAAACGUGCCAAAAGGCAUAUCGGGGCUGCACCUUGCGGCAUGGUUUGGAUUGACGAGAAUACUAUCAGGAUUCCUCAGAAACGGGUAUGAUCCGGAUAUCAAGGACUCUGGCAAACGAACUCCACUCUCGUACGCGGCUAGGAACGGGCAUGAGAAGGCUGUGCAACUGCUGCUCAAUCGUGGUGCUGACAUCCACGCGAAAGGGAACGGUCCCGGUGGCGGAGGCGGCGAUCACUACUGGUCCUACUCCGAUCAAACUCCUUUGAUGUAUGCUGCUCGGAAUGGAGAGGUAGCAGUCGUGCGGCUGCUGCUCUUCAGUGGCGCCGAUGUCAGCGCAAAGGGCUUCAGCGACCGCGACAGCGACGACCACACCUACGGUCAGACGGCGCUUAUGUACGCGGUUAGAAAUGGGCACGAAGCGGUGGUACGGGUACUUCUCAGUAGUGGUGCUGAUGUCAACGCGGGGGAAGGAUGCCACAACGGCGACGGCAUCUGGUUCUACGAAUAUAAAGAACGGACAGCACUGAUGCAUGCAGCCAUGAAGGGACAUGAGACAAUAGUUCAGUUGUUGAUCAUUGGUGGUGCUGAUGUCAACGCGGAGGAGGCAGGAGGCUCCAAUGGCAGCGGAUGCUAUGACGACGAAUAUCCCAGGUACUACCACCGUACGGCGUUGAUGUAUGCGGCUAGGAAUGGACACGAAAAGGUAGCCCAGCUUCUCCUUUGUAAUGGCGCGGAUGUCAAUGCGGCCGAGUGUGGUAGUCGCAAUGUGCACCGCAAUACCAACAGAUUCCCUUUCUACGAUGGUCUAACGGCCCUGAUGUAUGCGGCCAAGAACGGGCAUGAGAUGAUGGUACGGCUGUUGCUCAGCCAUGGAGCUGAAGUCAACGAAAGAGAGACGGGCCACAAAUGCCACGACAGUUAUGACUUUGAUGGAAGAACAGCAUUGAUGUACGCGGCAAUUGGGGGGCAUGAAAAUGUUGUGCAGCUGUUGCUUGAUGGCGGCGCUGACGCUAAUGCGAAGGAGAAGGGCUACUACGACUAUGGAUUCAACGACAAAGAUGAAGACGGAGAUGAUAACGAUAACGACGACUGCGGCCGUACAGCGCUGACAUAUGCAAUUAUGAACGGACAGGAGGCUGUUGUUAGGCUACUGCUCACAGCGAACAAAGCCGACAUCAACACUAAGGAUUGUGCUGGACGCACACCGCUCUGGUAUGCUACAGAUAAGGGUCAAGAAACAAUGAUGAGAUUGCUACUGGAGAACGGCGCAAUCAGAACAUAG